AUGUCUGCCUUCAACUCCCCGCCAUUUGUACUCGCAACACUUGGCUACUAUUCUCCCCCUGCCGACGGUGGAAAACCUUACCAAAAGGGCGUUGUAGAUCCCAGCACUGGAAUUCGCUCCCUGGAGCGCAAUUGGUUCCCAAUUGAUGUUCCUGGCAUUGCCAUCGAGAACGCUCGUGGACGAGAGCACGAAGUGUCCCUCGAUAAAACUGGAUUUGCGUUCUUCCAUCACGUUUCAAAGCACACAUCUUUCGAAAACGAGGACAAUGUCAAGACAGCAUAUUACCUCGAAAGCGCUGAAUUGCUCAAGAAACUGACAGGCGCUAAUCGUGUUGAAAUCUUCGAUCACACUGUCAGGAAGAGUAAUCUGGGCCCUGGAGUUGAAAAUUUAAUAUAUGGCCCAGUAUCUAUGGUCCACAUCGACCAGUCGAACGACGCAUCUGUCGCUCGUGUCCACCUCCACAUGCCCGCAGCCGACGUGCCCAAGCUCCUCUCAAAGCGUUUCCAGAUUAUCAACCUGUGGAGGCCAAUACACCACACCGCUUUGGAUUACCCCCUCGCACUUUGCGAUAGCAGGUCCGUCGACCCCACGGACAUCGUGCCGGUCAAACUCAUAUUCCCAGACCGGGUGGGAGAGUUGCUCUCGGUCAAACAUAGCGAGAAGCAUAAGUGGUGGUACCUGCGAGGGAUGACUCCGGAUGAUAUUGUUCUUAUUAAGUGCUACGACUCUGUACAGGAUGGAAGUGUUGCAGUGGCCACUCCGCACACUGCCUUCUAUGACCCAACUGCACCGGAUGGUGCGAUCCCGCGAGAGUCUAUUGAGCUGAGGGCUCUAGUAUUUUACGACUAG